UAUACUCAUUCGCUCAGUUCGGGGAGGUGUGGCUUAUUUUUAUAUCACGUGACCAAACACGGAAAUAACUUCGCCCGCUGCUACCACGUCGUGCGUUUUUCGGAAUAAGGCAGCUUAAAUCCGCGCUUUAGCUUGCUUUUGAAGGCAGUCACGCCGACUUGGUCGACAGAGGACAUGACGCAGGCGGAAAAGGAGCAGGAUAACGGAAAAGAAAAAGAGCGAGACAAAGAGAAGGAGAAGGAGCAGCGAGGGGUGAAAAGACCCAUCGCGCCACCCACUGUCCCGGAUCCUCUCCAGGAGCAAAUACAGAGCAACUUCAUCAUCGUCAUCCACCCCGGCUCAAGGACGCUACGCAUCGGCCGUGCGACAGACAACCUCCCCGUGGCCGUCCCGCACGUGAUAGCGCGCCGGCACAAGCAGAGCGGCCAGCCCAGAUCCGAAGACGCCUGGCUGCUACGGGAAGGUCUAAACAAAGCGGAAAGCAACGAGCAGAGGCAGAAUGGGCUCAAAAUGGUAGAACAGGCCAUUUGGUCCAGGAAGAUGUCCAACGGCGUGAGGAGGACGCCGGUGUCUGCGGAGCAGGCAAGAGCGUACAACUGUCAGAUCCGUCCUGCCGUGCUGGACAGCAGCUCCAGGGUUAAGUGGACCAACACGGCUCAGCAGCCGCCUCACCUGGUGGGAGAAGAGGCGCUCUACGUGAAGCCCACAGACUGUUACGACGUCCACUGGCCUGUGGUGAGAGGUCAGCUCAACGUGCACGCCGGCCCCGGAGGGUCACUGACUGCUGUCCUGGCCGACCUUGAGACCAUUUGGACUCACGUCAUUCAAAAGAACCUGGAGAUCCCCCUCAAAGACCUAAAGUAUUACAGAUGCAUCCUGCUGGUGCCUGACAUCUACAACAGGCAGCACGUCAAGGAGCUGGUCUCCAUGCUGCUCCUCAACCUGGGCUUCUCAGCGCUCAUCGUGCACCAAGAGUCCGUUUGCGCCACCUUCGGCAGCGGGCUGAGCAGCGCCUGCGUGGUGGACGUGGGGGACCAGAAAACCAGUCUGUGCUGUGUGGAGGACGGAGUGUCGCACAGGAACUCCAGGUUGUCUUUGGCGUACGGCGGCUCGGACGUGACUCGCAUCUUCUUCUGGCUCCUGCAGAGGGCAGGCUUUCCCUACAGAGACUGUCAGCUAUCCAACAGGCUGGACUGUCAGCUGCUGCAACACCUCAAAGAGACACUCUGCCACCUGGACCAGGACAUAUCUGGACUGCAAGAUCAUGAAUUCCAAACACGUUUCCCAGACGCGCCGGCUCUUCUCUACCAGCUCCGCCUGGGAGAUGAGAAACUCCAGGCUCCCAUGGGACUUUUCUACCCCAGCACCUUUGGCAUCGUGGGUCAGAAGAUGACAUCACUGCAGUACCGUUCCCAAGGUCACCCCGAGGACCCUCAUGAUGAACUCUACUUGCUGGCCACGCACAGCAAACAAGACCAGUCUUCCAAGUCUGCCUCCGACCGGAAGGCACCGUCAAGACCCGGCGGGGCUUUGGACGGCGACAUGAGCGGGCAGGGCGGGGCCGGCGAGCUCUCCGACGUGCCCAGGGGGAGUGGUGGAGCUGGCGCAGCGGCGCAGGGGGAAAUCGAGACGGGACCCGCCCAGGCGGAGUGCCUGAUGGUCGUCGAGGGGGAGGAGCCUCACCUCUCCAGGAAGAGCGCCAUGCUGAGCCAGUUUGAAGGCAAGGCCCUGGGCCUGGAUAAAGCCAUCCUGCACAGCAUCGACUGCUGCGGGUCGGAUGAGACCAAGCGGAAGAUGUACAGCUCUGUCCUGGUGGUGGGCGGCGGCCUCAUGUUUCCCGGGGCCCAGGAGUUCCUGCUGCACCGCAUCGUCAACAAGAUGCCGCCAUCCUUCAGGAGGCUGGUGGACAACGUGGAAGUCAUCACCAGGCCCAAGGAUCUGGACCCCCGUCUGAUAGCGUGGAAGGGCGGCGCGGUGCUGGCGUGUCUGGACACCACGCAGGAAAUAUGGAUCCACCAACGCGAAUGGCAGCGCUUCGGCGUUCGAAUGCUCCGCGAGCGAGCGGCUUUUGUCUGGUGAACACACACACUUUUGUCUGGUGAACACACACGCUUUUGUCUGGUGAACACACACUUUUGUCUGGUGAACACACACACUUUUGUCUGGUGAACACACACACUUUUGUCUGGUGAACACCUACAUUUUUGUCUGGUGAACACCUACAUUUUUGUCUGGUGAACACACACACUUUUGUCUGGUGAACACACACUUUUGUCUGGUGAACACACACUUUUGUCUGGUGAACACACACUUUUGUCUGGUGAACACCUACAUUUUUGUCUGGUGAACACACACACUUUUGUCUGGUGAACACCUACAUUUUUGUCUGGUGAACACACACACUUUUGUCUGGUGAACACACACAUUUUUGUCUGGUGAACACACACUUUUGUCUGGUGAACACAUACUUUUGCCUGGUGAACACCUACAUUUUUGUCUGGUGAACACAUAAUUUUGUCUGGUGAACACACACACUUUUGUCUGGUGAACACACACACUUUUGUCUGGUGAACACACACAAUUUUGUCUGGUGAACACACACAAUUUUGUCUGGUGAACACACACACUUUUGUCUGGUGAACAUACACAUUUUUGUCUGGUGAACACACAUUUCUGUAUGGUGAACACACUUUUGUCUGGUGAACACACACAAUUUUGUCUGGUGAACACACACAAUUUUGUCUGGUGAACACACACACUUUUGUCUGGUGAACAUACACAUUUUUGUCUAGUGAACACACACAUUUUUGUCUGGUGAACACACAUUUCUGUAUGGUGAACACACUUUUUUCUGGUGAACACACACAUUUUUGUCUAGUGAACACACACAUUUUUGUCUGGUUAACACCUACAUUUUUGUCUGGUGAACACACAAUUUUGUCUGGUGAACACACACAAUUUUGUCUGGUGAACACACACAUUUUUGUCUGGUGAACACAAACUUUUGUCUGACGAACACACAUUUCUGUAUGGUGAACACACACACUUUUGUCUGGUGAACACACACACUUUUGUCUGGUGAACACACACACUUUUGUCUGGUGAACAAACACACAAUUUUGUCUGGUGAACACACACGACACACACAACAACAAUGAUGUGGAACAUAAAUAAAAGGAUUGUAUAUAAAAAUGUGGACCUUCAGUGGUCAUUGAUAUUUAUUCACUUAAGUGCAGAGUAACAGGCAUAUCUUAAGGAAGUGAAGUGAAUUAUAUUUAUAGAGCACUUUUCUCUAGUGACUCAAAGCGCUUUACAUAGUGAAUCCCAAUAUCUAAGUUACAUUUUUAAACCAGUGUGGGUGGCACUGGGAGCAGGUGGGUAAAGUGUCUUGCCCAAGGACACAACGGCAGUGACUAGGAUGGCGGAAUGAGGGAUCGAACCUGCAACCCUCAAGUUGCUGGCACGACCACUCUACCAACCAAGCUAUACUGCAUACAUGCAUAUAUCUUCAAAGAAAAUGCAUUACCAUCAAUUAAUUAAAAAAAAAAAUCUAUAUAUUUUAUUAUAUUUUUAUAAUAAUGCAAUUUCCUUAAAGGAGGCCUACCCCUUAAGAUAUACAUGUUACUUUCUGCACUUAAGUGAAUCUCUCUCUCUCUCUCUAUAUAUAUAUAUGUAUUUUUUUUUUGUUUUUUUGCAAAAGGUUAAUUGGUUCCAGGCUCGAAUUCUAGAGCAGUGAUGUACCCCCUGUGAACAUUUUUUUUAGUUCAAGUACCCCCUAAUCAGAGUAAAGCAUUUUUGGUUGAAAAAAGUGAUAAAGAAAUAAAAUACAGCACUAUGUCAUCAGUUUCUGAUUUAUUAAAUUGUAUAACAGUGCAAAAUAUUGCUCAUUUGUGGUGGUCUUUCUUGAACUAUUUGUAAAAAAAGAUAUCAAAAUAACUAAAAACUUGUUGAAAAAUAAACAAGUUACUCAAUUAUAAAUAAAGAUUUCUACACAUAGAAGUAAUCAUCAACUUAAAGUGAUCCAUCUGGAUUCAUGAACUUAAUUCUAAACAUUUCUUCACAAAAAAAUAAAUGUUUAACAUCAAUAUUUAUGGAACAUGUCCACAAAAAAUCGAGCUGUGAACACUGAAUAUUGCAUUGUUGUAUUUUUUUCACAGUUCAUAUUUUGUUGAAGUAUUAUUCAAUAAAUAUAUUUAUUAAGGAUUUUUGAAUUAUUUUUAGAAUAUUUAAAAAAAAAUCCCACGUACCCCUUGGCGCACCUUCAAGUACCCCCAGGGGUACGCGCACCACUGUGUUAGAGGGCUCACAGAGUAGUAGGCAUGAUAGGAAAUAAGACAUGGCAUAUACUAUUAUUUUUAAACAAGUACUAAACUGUGAAAAUACUUUUACUUGUGUGAUGUGCUGUUCAACAGCCAUUCCUUGAAUUUGUGACAAGCCCAUUUUAUGCUUUAAUUGAUGGCAAAAACAUGUCAAAUGAUUUGGAAUAUUAAGUAGCGAGUGUCGACUGUUUAUUAAUUUUGUUGUUAAAAGUAACUCACAAUUUUUUUUAAAUAUAUUUAUUCAAACCAAGUGGAGUUUCAUUCUGCAUCUCACUAAUAAUCCACUAGAGGGCAACAAAAGAGUCAAUAUCAUGUAUGCAAUCUAAACAGCUUCAGAAGAGUCAAACAAGGGAAAAAAAAAAAAAAGGAGCUGCUGAAUCGGCCGUUCUGGUUCCUUCUACUUAGGAA